AUGGAGUGGCAGUUCUGGGGACUGGCCCUUUGCCUUGGCUUGGCCCCCUCGGCUUCUGCAGACUGCAGCAGCGAGUGCUCGGUGUGUACUCUUCGUGGCCAGGAGAUGGAGAAGCCCAUCAGCCCGUUAAUCUGCUCCUUGGAGUGCCUGGGCAACCUGCCAUCUGGUGCCGAGUGGGAAAAGUGCAUCCAGGCCCUCUCCUUCGCCCCCGUCCUGAUGGAGGGCGAGUCCAAGAGGCUGCCCCAGGGGGAGGAGGAGGAGGAGGAGGAGGAGGCAGCGGCAGAGGCAGAGGCAAAAGCUGCCCAGGAGGAGAGUCCAGACCCCUGGGAGCUGCUCACCAGCCCGGUCAAAAGGUACGGCGGGUUCAUGAAGAAGCUGGAUAAAAACAAGAUCUUUUCUCUCUUCCACGAGAACGCUCUGGCCAAGGGGGGCGCCGGCAAGAGGUACGGCGGGCUCUUCCGGAAGGUGGGGGAGAGAUCAGCCCCCGAGGCGGGCGCCGAGGAGCCUUUUCCGGGGCUGGCGGAGGCCCGGGGCCCGGGCUCCCGCGGGGAAGAGUGGGAGCCAGCCGCGCUCAAGGAGGAGCUGAAGCGCUACGGGGGCUUCCUGCGCAAGUACCCCAAGCGAGGCGUGGGAGCGGGCGCGGCCGAGGAAGGCGGGCAAGAGCCGGAGGACCUGCACAAGCGCUACGGGGGCUUCAUGCGCAGGAUCCGCCCCAAGCUGAAGUGGGACAACCAGAAGCGGUACGGCGGCUUCCUGCGGCGCCAGUUCAAGGUGAACACGAGGUCGGCGGAAGAGCCCAGCGCCGCCUCGGGGGAGGUUUCCGACCUAUAG